UGCUUUGUGAAUGUGACAGAUAUGUUGAGGCUUUGGAAGAGACGUGUUUUUAAUGAAAAAAUGUGAAAGGAACAUUAACUUGAUAUCCAUAGCAACCUUAUUGCUAAGUUUCCUCACUAUGCAGAGGAACUAAAGAUGUUUUUAAUUUAUUUUUAUAUUUUUUAGGUUGGAUGAUUUAUCCCAUUCCCGUGCUGGCUUGUUUUUGUCGCUCGCGAAGGACUGACUUCCUCGUAAUGUCAAAAAAGGGAGUACCAGCUUCUCAGUGAUAGGAUUUAGAAAAGAAACAGUAGUUACUUGAACUUGCUAGUGGAUACCAGGCGUAAAUCUCGCCUGCGGCUUUUCGAGGCAUCUGAACAGUCGGCGCCAAGGGUGACAAGUAGCAGGAAGAGAAAAGCUGCCGAGGGGACGGCCUGUAGUGGAGUAAACUGUGUGAUGUUUACGGCGGCCGCCCGGGGAUGGGUUCAAACAGCCACUGGGGCCGCGGAUAUCAUCGGGAGGGAAGCACCAGCUACGGACGACGUUACUGGCACCGAGGCCUCCCCUGAACGCGGCCGCCUGACUGUACAAGCCUAACGGACUUGAAGCAUGUCGAGGGGAGUUCGCAGAGCCACCCACGCUCCAGUAUUCCACGCCAACACCUUGUGCGCAUUGUUUACAUCUGAACACCAUUAUACCUGCUGAAGAUUUGGGGCCGGUACUUGAGGGAUUUGGGGCGCGAGGUCACGUGCGCCCAGUAGGGGCGGGGGUUUCCACACGUGCGCUAAACAACCCAUCAACAAGGAGAGUGGGUGAGAAGAGGAGGGCAACGAGCACUUAGCAGGAGAGUCGCACACUGAAGAAGACACGUGCAUCCGCUACUGUCUUACCGGUAGCUGUGGAUUUAAAACACAGUACAGCAUCAUUUUAUUUACAAGCGAAAAUUAAAACUUGUCUUUUUUCCCUGUGGGGACAGAUCUGUUUACUGAGUUUUAUACAAGUAUAGCUUAACCAUGUGAGGAGAACAAGCACGUUGUCAUACCUACAUCAAAGGUAUUCUGCGUUUUUUUUUCCAGUUUACAUUUCACUCGUGAUGUUCUUGCCUUAGUGGACAUCAAAUCAGGAAAUAUAGUGACUGUCUUUAAUGUAUUUCCUUUUGGCUUCGGUUUUGUAAAAGGUGCAUCGCGUCAAACAUUUCAGUAAAGUGACUUUCUAAAAAUUAUGUAAUUUAGGUCUUAUGCAAAACUGGUCAUUUUAACAAAAUAUAUUCUAUAAUACAUGUAAAUGAAGAAACCGUCUAAGGCAGAGUGCUGCACGUCACUACUUUUGUAUUUACAAAAACUUCGUAACCUGCAUUGGGAUUAUCAGUUUAUAUUCCAAGAUAUUUCACCUUGGAUUAUCCUUGUUCAUUGUGAAUGACAAGCAUAGAUCUUUCAUUGAUGUUUUUGCAGAAGACGUUUGCAGAUGAAUUAUUUAUUUUUCUAAUAAAAAGUGAACACAUGGAAAGAUGACGGAGCUACUGGUGGGCUUUCAUGUUUCAUCUACAGGAAUACAAAUCGGACAGUACCUGACUUUUUAGCAGGGUUAUUGGAUUCUCCCCCAGAUGUUGAAUAUGCAAAGAAGCAUUUACUUCUUCCUGAGUACUAUCAACUAUUAAGAUGAUGCUGCAUUAAUUAUCCAAAGUCGACAUUGCGAGUAAAUUGAAGAACUUGCCAAAUUUCAUUCCGUCUGUUAGAUGAACAAUCUACUGUUAAUACAAGUUGCAUUUUAGUUAAUUAAUAACUAUCGUCAAAAGGCACAUUGUUUGUAAUUUGACUUCCAAAAGAGUGAACUUCUCUUGAUUCAUUACUUUACUGUAUGUGAAAAGACUGUCAGUGAAUUUACACAAGGUUUUCAAAUUUUAAGGUUUAAAAGCACAAUUGUCCAAAAGAAAAAAAAUAAGCUUUUCAUAAAUGGUGAUUAACUUCGUGAUAACCGAUUUCUCCACCCAGGUUCUUAUCAUUGUCCUCUCAUCCUCUUUAAACGGAUAUUUACAAUACCGUUCAAUAGCAGUAUUUUCCUCAGAACAUGCUUGUAAUGGGCAAGUUUGUUUCUCAGCCAAAAUUUUUGGGGAACCUUUAAUUGUGGAAUGUGAUUAACAUUAUUCAAAAAGUCAAAAAUAAAUUUUAAAGCAGGUAUCACAAAGUUAUUACUUUUUAAUUUUUAUGAAGAAAGAAGUUCUUGGUGACAUUUAAAGCUUAUAUAUACAUUUUUCUUACAUGAAAUACAUUUAAAGUAUGUAUAAAGACUUAUGAUUUUACAAUUCAGUUCCCAUUUUAGUCUGACCAGUUGUUUCAUUCAUAUUGCACUUAAUGAGCAGUGGAAGAGCUUACAUGGAAACAAAGAAGGAAAUCUGUCUUUGACAGCUUUUUUUGUCAUUUUUGUUUUUAGACAUACUGUUUUUUAAUUAUUUUUCUUACUUUUUGAAAGCAAGCUCUGUUUAAUUGAACUAAAUCUGUGGAUAAUAUCAUUUUUUCACACUGCAAGAGCCUUUAGUGAACAUCUACUCCUUUUGAAAAAAAUGGAGAUUGUUGGAGAUUUUGAAUAUAGUAGAAAAGAUCUUGUGGGCCAUGGAGCUUUUGCAGUGGUAUUCAAAGGGAGACACAGAAAGAAAACUGAUUGGGAAGUGGCAAUCAAAAGCAUCAACAAGAAAAAUCUAUCAAAGUCACAGAUUCUUUUGGGCAAAGAAAUUAAAAUUUUGAAGGAGCUGCAGCAUGAAAACAUUGUGGCUUUAUAUGAUGUGCAGGAAACUCCAAACUUUGUCUUUUUGGUGAUGGAGUACUGCAAUGGAGGAGAUUUGGCUGAUUAUUUACAAGCGAAAGGCACUCUUCGUGAGGACACACUUCGUAUCUUCCUGCAGCAGAUUGCCGCAGCCAUGCGAGUGCUCAACAGUAAGGGCAUCAUCCACCGUGACCUCAAGCCUCAAAACAUUCUGCUGUCUUAUAUCGGUAAAAGGAAGUCAAGCAUCAAUGGCAUCCGAAUCAAAAUAGCGGACUUUGGUUUUGCUCGGUAUCUACAGAGUAACAUGAUGGCAGCUACCCUAUGUGGAUCUCCCAUGUACAUGGCUCCAGAGGUGAUCAUGUCACAGAACUAUGAUGCCAAAGCUGACUUGUGGAGUAUUGGAACAGUCAUUUACCAGUGUCUUGUUGGAAAGCCACCUUUCCAGGCAAAUAGUCCACAAGACUUGAGACUUUUUUAUGAGAAGAACAAGACAUUGGUGCCUAUCAUCCCACGAGAGACAUCACCACAGCUGGGAGAUCUUCUAACAGGACUCCUUCAGAGAAAUCAGAAGGACCGCAUGGACUUUGAUGCAUUUUUCAGCCAUCCUUUCCUCGAGCCAUUUUCAACCAUCAAAAAAUCUUGCCCUGUACCAGUGCCCAUGCCUGCUCCAAACUACCCUGGUUCAGUGUAUGACAGCACCUGCGGGAGCUCACCUUCUUGUCGCUUCGCUUCUCCACCUUCCCUACCAGAUAUGCAAACGCUACCUGAAGAUGGCCUGUCAUCUCCUCCACUUGGACCUCCUAAUUACCUACAGCUCUCUAAGGAAUCAGGUGGCAGUGCUAGCAGCAAGAACUCCUCAUGUGACACAGAUGAUUUUGUCCUAGUUCCACAUAUCACCUCUGACCAGUCCUAUGACAUACCCAUUGGACCUACAGGAAGACGAGCUUCAAGUGAGUUUCUGCUCUGUGGCGGGCAACAGCACAAUCCAUUGCCCAUGGUGUCCCCACGUAGCGAGACCACUCCAAUACCUGUACCAACCCAAAUCAGGAACUACCAACGUAUUGAACAGAAUCUGUCCUCCAGUCCCAACACUCUCCAGUAUGGUUCUCCCAGGGCAGGGAUGGUUCGCAGAUCCAACACAAGCCCCCUGGGAUUUACUAAAACUUCCUCUGCCUCUCCAUCCACUAAUGAAGUGGCACAGCCUGUGGGUCGAAGGUUGUCAACAGGUUCUUCCAGGCCUUAUUCUCCCUCACCACUUGUUGGAACUAUUCCAGAACAACUUGGCCACUGCUGCUGUGGACAUCCCCAGGGCCAUGAAUCCCGGAGCAGGAGCUCAUCUGGUGGCUCCCCAAUUCCUCCUUCCCAGCUGCUUGGUGCUCGUCUCCAGAGUGCUCCCACACUGACGGAUGUCUACCAGAACAAACAGAAACUGCGGAAGCAGCACUCAGACCCAGUGUAUCCCAGUGCAGUUCUGUAUCCUGGGAGUCAUGCAUCACAAAUGUGUCGGCCAGUCAGUUUGGGUACCUCACCGACUAAGCAUCUUGGCUCCUCUCCCCGCUCAUCUGAUUGGUUGCAGAAAACUCCUCUGCCCACCAUAAUUGGCUCACCAACAAAGACAAGUGCACCUUUCAAGAUCCCUAAAACUCAAGCUUCUUGCAAUCUGCUUGCCCUGGUUGCACAGCAGGGAUUGGUUGACAGUACAACUCCAAAUAAAGUGCUGAUGGAAACUCGGGAUUUCAGUGCCUAUUCUGGAGGCCGACAGCAGAACUUUGAGCACAGCAAGACCACCUUUGGCAGAUCUGUCAGUACAGGAAGGCUUUCUGAGCAGCCAGUCAGGAUCACAUUAGGAGGACAGCCUUACCAAGGCAGCACAGACAGCUUAAAUACAGAGAGACCUAUGGAUACAGCACCUGCCAGUGCCUGUGGAAUGCCAAACUUGACAGGAACAAGCCCUCGGACUGUGCUGUUCACUGUAGGAUCACCCCCCAACAGUAUAACGCCCCCCACAUGCAGCCACACGGGUGCUAGGCCUAGAACAACGUCAGUAGGAUCAAACAGCUCAGCAGGCUCCUUGUGUUCUACAACUGGUCGUGUCUAUGUGGGUUCUCCACCUGGUGGUAUGGGUUCCUCCCCUCCAACUGCUGAGGCAGCGCCAAGUAGUCUCAGAUAUGUCCCAUAUGGAACCUCCCCCCCAAGUUUGGAGGGCUUUAUCACAUUUGAGGCCCCAGAACUACCUGAGGAGACACUGAUGGAGCGGGAACACACAGAUACUUUGCUUCACCUUCGCAUGAUGUUGUCCUUCAGUGACUGUAUACUAGAAAUUGCAUCAGUGCGGGAAUGCAGCACAGAACUUGAUGCUUCUACUUCCACUUCUAUUUGCCCCUCACAAGACAGUGGAAUCGUAGAUCAGAUCAGUCAGCUCAGCAAGGAGUGGGGGCAAGUUGAACAGCUGGUCCUUUACAUGAAGGCUGCUCAGCUGCUUGCUGGCUCCCUGCACCUGGCAAAGGCUCAGAUCAAGUCAUGCAAACUGAAUCCCUCCAGUGCUGUCAAGCAAGUAGUGAAGAGCUUGAAUGAACGUUACAAGAGCUGCAUCUCACUUUGUCGACGUUUGACAGAAAAACUGAACAGAUUCUUUUCAGACAAACAACGCUUUGUGGAUGAGAUCAACAGUGUGACUGCUGAGAAGCUAAUUUAUAACUAUGCGGUUGAAAUGGUACAGUCUGCUGCCUUGGAUGAAAUGUUCCAGCAGACGGAGGACAUUGCCUUUCGUUACAACAAAGCCGCUAUGCUACUGGAAGGGCUGGCAAAAGUGUUGCAGGACCCAGCUGACAUUGAGAAUGUUACUAAGUACAAGGCCAGUGUGGAGCGCCGGCUUGCCGCCCUUUGCCAGUGCGCAGUUACAUUGUUUGAUUAGACUGUCCAAUGACUGGACCAACACUUCGGUAACCUGGGGACCACGUCCAUCUGAGGGGGAAGAAAAAAACAGUAAUUCAGGAAAUUGCUUUUUUUCUAGUUUAGCACUUUUUAUACAGAGAAUGGACCUGAAAGAUAUAUAAUAAAAGUAAAUCUCUCCGUAUUUUGCAAUCCCAGCAAUGACUGGGAAGGAUGGAGAGCGAGAGAGAGAAAGAGAG